AUGGAACUCCCUGCUGCUACUGCAAGGCUUGUUUUGAAGAUGGAUGACUGGCCCAACCACUGUUUUCAAAGGCUAUCCUCCCACAAAGUAUCAUCCCUGUGGAUACCCGUGCCUUGCGCUGGCACUGUUACCACGACAUCCUGGGCCAUGGGCUACAACUCCCGAGCAGCGCAGUGCAGCCUAAACGCAGCCCAUCCACUCAAUCCCUUCAAAGAUGGAACAAAAGGCCAUCUAAGCAAGCCAUCGCGCUUGACUUUGAAGAUUCCCCUGCCCCACUCAACAGGCUUGACAUUGCAUCUGAAAGGGCUCAUGUAG